CCUAUUGAAAGAAGAUAUAGUUACCAGAGUGAAGUAAACUACAGUUACUGGCAUUUACUGGCGUUAAACUGCUCCAGUUCAGUGGAUUUCGCAUUACGUCCUAAAGAAAAUCAGAAAGAAUGUCGAAGAGGAAUCCAGGGGACGAAUAUAGAAAAGGGUCAAGUGUGUACAGAGCAGAGGACUCCAGAGGUGAUGACAGAGGAAGGGAUCGCUCUCCACUUAGAUCGGAUGAUCGUUGUGAGGCAACCAAUUACAGUCAAACCGAUGCAAAGAAGCAGAAGCUGACAUUUGCAUUUGGAAAGAAAGGUGGAAUGGAACAGCAAAAGAAGGGCAUUCAAAUAAAAUUAGGAUCAACAUCGAAACCCACUGUGAAAGCAACACCGGUACAGAGGCCAACAGUAGCAUCUGUGUUCAAUACAGAUGAAGAAGAAGAACCUGAAGAAAUGCCAGCAGAAGCAAGGAUGAGGAUGAGAAAUAUCGGCCGUGAAACGCCAACCUCAGCAGGACCAAAUUCAUUUGGUAAAACAAAGCAAGGAUUUUGUGAUUCCAAAAAGAUCUUUGAAAAAACACUGAAAAAGGCGAUGGAAGAAGCAAAUAAAUGAUUUCUUUCUUCCUAUAUUUGGGAAUUAUUGUUAUUUGUAUAUUAAUUUUAAUGAGAUGCAACAAUUAAUAGCGUGAUCCUUGAUUGUAUAAUUAUAUGCAGAAUAUUUUGAUCAAUUUUAUGCAAUUUAUUGGUAGAAUCUAGAUACGAAGUUCCGUUUCAUAUUAAACGUCACAUUUUUGUAAAUUGACUGAAUAUUAACUACUUGGUAAUUGUAGCUAAUAUUGAGACCACACUUGAAAUAUACCAUUUCAUUGUGUAAAUCAUGCGAACGUACGUACGUGUAAUAAAAUUGUAUCACAUAAUUUUUA